UGAGGACACUGGACACUGAGCUUCCUCAGUAGUGAGAUUGUGGUUCAACAGAUAGGGUGUAGCUGAAGCCACUGAGUGGUUUAGAGAUUUGAUCGCUCUCUGCCUUCAGAGGACCUUACUGAAGGGCAGUCAUGCGCCUGAUAGGGUCCACUGUCCUUUUCUCUGUCCUGCUGCAGGCUAUGUCUGCCCCGACAGAGGACUGGCAGACGGCCACGUCUAUUUAUGACUUCUCAGCAACAGACAUUGAUGGCAAUGAGGUUUCCCUAGACAGAUACAGGGGGGAUGUUGUCAUCAUCACCAAUGUUGCCUCUAAAUGAGGUAAAACCCCAGUAAACUACUCUCAGUUUGCUCAGAUGCACGCCAAGUAUGCUGAGAGAGGUUUACGCAUCCUUGCCUUCCCCUCAAACCAGUUUGGGAACCAGGAGCCUGGCAAUGAAUCUCAGAUCAAACAGUUUGCCCAGUCUUACAACGCUCAGUUUGACAUGUUCAGUAAGAUCAACGUGAACGGGGCCAAUGCUCACCCUCUGUGGAAGUGGCUGAAGGAGCAGCCCAACGGGAGAGGUUUCCUUGGAAGUAGUAUCAAGUGGAACUUCACCAAGUUUUUAAUCAAUAGAGAGGGGCAGGUGGUGAAGAGAUAUGGACCCCUGGAUGAUCCAAGUGUGGUGGAGAAGGACCUCCCCCAAUACCUUUAAACUCCUAAUGGAUGACUGACACCUCACUAGCUGAUUCUCUACUCAUUUUGUCUUUCCAUCAUCCUUUCCCCUCUUUUCUUUGCCUCUCCGAGCAUCAGUGGAUAUAGUUUGGAUCCAACCCCAGACCAGUGACGGUCUGCUCAAAAACCCGCAUGUCGGACAGGGCAGACCUGAUGAAAAUGGCGUGCAAACCUCCUGGGAGGAUAACCAAGCUUAUAUUCAUUAGUUUCUCUGGAGAAAAGGAGAGAGGAUCCCUCAAUCCAUCAUAUACACUUGUAGUAGAGUAAUCCAUGGCAUUGUUUUCCUAAUAAAAUGCACUAAGAUUUUGUUUGAA